CCGCCUCUCAAUCAGCCAUCCCGACGGUCAUCCAAUGCAAACGAAGCCUUCAGCCACUCCCUCCGUCCGGCUCUCUUCCACAUCAAGUUGCCUCGACCCUAGCUGGCAUAGGAGGGGAGGAAUCGUUGGGUAAAUAAUAUUAAUACUAAUCUAGAGGUCCCGCCAUGACGCAGCAGGAGCCGCCGGUGAGGCCCGUCGUCCACUUGCUCGACUACGUCGCCGGCAACGUGCGGUCCCUCGUCAACGCCGUCGAGAAGGUUGGCUUCGCCGUCGAGUGGGUGCGUUCCCCCGCCGAGGUCGCCCGCGCCGAGCGCCUCAUCCUCCCAGGCGUCGGCCACUUCGGCCAGUGCCUCGGCCAGCUCGCCGCCGCCGGCUACCUGCCCGCCCUGCACGCCCAUGUCGACGCUGGGAAGCCCUUCAUGGGUAUCUGCGUCGGGCUGCAGGCUUUCUUCGACGGCUCCGAUGAGGACCCUGCCGCCCACGGGCUUGCCCUCCUCCCCGGCACCCUCGAUCGCUUCGACGAUGCCGACAAGGCCGUCCCCCACAUCGGCUGGAAUGACGCCGACACCUCCGGCAAGAGCCUCCACGACCUGCGCCCUGGCAGUAAGUACUACUACGUCCACUCUUACAAGCUCCCUUACGUCCCCGGCCGGCUCGAGGCCCAUGGCUGGACCGUUGCGACAGCCACGUACGGCUCCGAGACCUUCGUCGGCGCCGUCGCCCGCGGUAACGUCCUCGCGACGCAGUUCCACCCAGAGAAGAGCGGCGUCGCCGGCCUGCGCGUUCUGCGCGCAUUCCUUAGCGGCGACGGCGCCAAGACACUGGGGCGCGAGGUCGCCGCCGCGGCGUCGCCGGCAGCGCAGGUGGGCGGUAGCGGCGGCAGCGGGCUGACCCGGCGCGUAAUCGCCUGCCUCGACGUGCGCGCCAAUGAUGACGGCGACCUCGUCGUCACCAAGGGCGAUCAGUACGAUGUACGCGACAAGACGAGUGACCGCGGUGUGCGCAACCUCGGCAAGCCCGUCGAUAUGGCCCGGCGAUACUACGAGCAGGGCGCUGACGAGAUCACCUUCCUCAACAUCACGAGCUUCCGCGACUGCCCGGUCGCGGACCUGCCUAUGCUUGAGGUCCUGCGCCGCGCGUCCGAGACCGUGUUCGUCCCCCUCACCGUCGGCGGCGGCAUCCGCGACACCGUCGACGUCGACGGAUCCGAGGUCUCGGCCCUCGAGAUCGCCGCCAUGUACUUCCGGAGUGGCGCCGACAAGGUCUCCAUCGGGUCCGACGCCGCCCUCGCCGCCGAGGAGUACCACGCCGGCGGGCGGCGGCUCUUCGGCAACACGGCCAUCGAGCGCAUCGCGCGCGCGUACGGCCGCCAGGCCGUCGUCGUCAGCGUCGACCCGAAGCGCGUCUAUGUGCCGAACCCCGACGACGCCACGCGCCACCACACCCUCGCCACGCGCUUCCCCGGGCCCCGCGGCGAGCGCUUCUGUUGGUAUGCGUGCACGGUCCGCGGCGGCCGCGAGACCCGCGACCUCGACGUCAUUGAGCUCGCCGAGGCCGUCGAGGCCAUGGGCGCCGGCGAGAUCCUGCUCAACUGCAUCGACCGCGACGGCACGCGUGCCGGCUUCGACCUCGAGCUCGUCGACCACGUCAAGGCCGCCGUCCACAUCCCCGUCAUCGCCUCGAGCGGCGCAGGCGAGCCCGCCCACUUCCGCGACGUCUUUGAGCGCACCCGGGUGGACGCUGCCCUCGGCGCCGGUAUGUUCCACCGCGGCGAGUACACCAUCCGGCAGGUCAGGGACUGCCUGGCCGAAGCCGGCUUGGAAGUGAGACGACCCGAGGGGGGGUUAUGAAACCUACGACGGCAAAAAUGGGGAUCGAGCUGUCAUGAUAGAAGACGGGGUAGAGUGAGCGAAAAAAAAAAUGAGCCGGCGAUUACGGUGCGCCGAUCGAUUCAGAUUCACGACACUCCCUGGCACGAAGGCGUUCUUGGUUUAGAAAAGAUAUACUAGAGGGGAUAGACUUCUGGGGUGUAUUGAUAACAAAGUGGUGGCCAAUCCCUUUUUGGACCCGACUGCGAUUUUCAGUUAGGUCCCCUAAAUCGACUUUUGUUCACGAAAGAGAAGAGAAGAGAUGAUACAGUAGGAAUGACUGAAUAGAAACCAGCGUACGGAAAACCCUCGAUCAGUUGCGCAAGAGCGCCAGC